AUGCGAUUAUAUGGCUUUCUUGCGAAGAAAGUUGGUGACUUGACUAUAAAGUAUUCUAAUUUCCCCGAAUCCUAUGUCAAAAGAAGUUAUGAACAGGUUUACUGGAAGAAUCCUUCAAACUAUCCACAGUAUCCCAAGGCUCAGGUAGCUCGUAAAAACUAUCGUUUCACAACUAACAGACCAUGGACGAGUCAGUUUCGAAUGCAGAAUGAACGUAACCUUCACAGGAAGAAAGUGUUUUUGGAGCCUGUAGGAGAAUGGCCCAUUUUCAAGGGUGACCGAGUUGAAAUAAUGGUGGGUAAAGAUAAAGGCAAGCAGGGAAUUGUGAGCCAAGUUAUACAGGAACGCAACUGGGUCAUUGUUGAAGGACUCAACACACAUAUUAGAAUUGUGGGCAAAAAUGAGAAGAAGAAUUUUCCUGGUAUAACAAUCCAAUCAGAAGCACCAUUACUAGUUACUACAGACGUGAAGCUCGUAGAUCCUGAGACCCUGAAGCCUACUGAAUUUGAAUGGAGGUACACAGAGGAGGGUGAUAAGGUGCGCGUGUCAAUGGCGAGCAGCAGAAUCAUACCGAUACCGAAGACAGCUGAGGAAACUAUGGAGUACAAGAGCAAAGAAGUUUACAUAGAGAACCUUGAGAAGGAUACUGUCGCUGAUGCUGUUACAAAGGUAACGUUCGCGCCAAAGCUCCGAACAUUCGAGAUGGAUAUAAUGGAGGAGAUGGGUAUCAAAGAGGACCGAGUUCCCGCCCAAUCUUACUGGUAUUAG